UCCAGAUUGUGAGGGCUGAUGCCUCCCGCUGGAAUGGAGCGGUCUUGGUGAGCGGCGCAAGGCUGAUCCAUGUUUCUAAGCCGGUGAGGAGAGUCUUUGGGAUCGGAUGCCUCUGGUCUCUUUUGUGAGCUGGGCCUAGUAGUUGGGGCUUCGCAAUCAGGAAGUAGUGGUGGCGGUAUUCUGGGAUAAGCUGAGCCGCGAAGUUCAGGGAGCCCAGAAGACUUUCCCAGCGUCGUCUUGAGGCAUACCCUAUGUCCCUCAGGCGUAACAUAGAUUUGACGAUGGAGGAGGCUGGGUCUGUUGGGAGAGACCACCGACCGGCUUGCAGCAGCCAACGGACGCCCAGCCAGGUGGUGUCUUGGGUGGGCUCUAGCGCCGACUUCUUCCAGUUGAUGAGGAAGCCCAGCGAUUGGAGGAGGUCGAGAGCUCUUUGAGUUGACGCGAGAGCCUCCUGGGCGGAUGCCCCCCAGAUGAGCAAGUCGUCUAUGUAUCCGAGAAUCAGUUGAGGAAUGCGUAUAGCUGUGAGUGAUCCCUCAUGAACGCCUCUCAAAAUGAGUGAUCCCUCACAGUCAAUGUAAAUACAACAUAGUACCUCAUAAUCCAACACAAUAGUACCUAACAAUGAGCAAUCCCUCACAGUCGGUAAUAGCACACAAUCUUCUCUCACUAUAUGCGUAAUCCCUUACAGAGAUCCUUACAAUUGUCUCAAUCAUUGAGUGAUCAUUCGCAAUCGCCUCUUGUAUCAAUGAUACCUCACAAACGUCUUCAUCAGUGAUACCUCAUUUGCAAGUUUCACAGUAUUUAGAUGUAACAAAAGCUCCACACUUAAUGACCAAUAGAUAAAUUUUAGAACUCCCUUUCUUUUUUCACAAAUUAAUUGUUGAAUUAUUCUUCAGUAAAAAUUGCAUAAAAACAUCAUUACCGCUGCCUCUCCGAGAGGUAGCAAUAUAAUCAAUUAACAUAAGAUAUCGGCAUAUAUAAAGUAAUGGCGCUGAUUUUACAUCACUAUAGGCACUAUUCUUCAAUGGCAUUUUCUCUGCAGAAAGUUCUAGGGUGCAAGCAUUUAGCGCACGACUCAGACGACUACUGGCGCUGCUACAUCCGCCACAUGGCGGGGUCUGGUGCCCACCCCAGCAGCACGUGCAAGAUGGCCCCCUCAUCUGACCCUGAUGGCGUCGUCUCGCCGAGGCUAAAAGUGCGGGGCGUGGCUGGUCUUCGUGUCAUCGAUGCAUCCAUCAUGCCACUCAUUACAGGCACAAACCUCGCCGCUCCCACUAUGAUGAUCGGAGAGAAGGGCGCCUCUCUCAUCAAAGAGGACUGGGGCUACGGGGACUGAGGCUACGAGGACUGGGGCUACGGGGACUGAGGCUACGGGGACUGAGGCUACGAGGACUGGGGCUACGGGGACUGGGGCUACGAG